AUGUCUACUACCAUAGCGUCAGAAUAUUCUAAUGAAGUGCAAAAUGUCCCGAUCGAGCAUCAAUUCAAUCCGUAUUCAGAUAAUGGAGGUACAAUUCUAGGGAUUGCAGGCGAGGAUUUCGCAGUGUUAGCGGGAGACACAAGACAUACAACGGAUUAUUCGAUCAACUCGAGAUAUGAACCUAAAGUUUUUGAUUGCGGAGACAGCAUUCUUUUUUCGGCCAACGGUUUUGCAGCGGACGGCACUGCAUUGGUGAAGAGAUUCCAAAACAGUCUCAAAUGGUAUCAUUUUGAUCACAACGACAAGAAACUAUCUCUCAAGUCUGCUGCGAGGAAUAUACAACAUUUAUUGUACGGGAAAAGAUUUUUCCCCUACUACGUACACACGAUUAUCGCCGGCCUGGAUGAAGAGGGCAAAGGCGCAGUCUAUUCGUUCGACCCCGUGGGCUCAUACGAAAGAGAACAAUGCCGCGCAGGAGGUGCUGCCGCUGCGCUCAUCAUGCCAUUCUUAGACAAUCAGGUCAAUUUCAAAAACCAAUAUGAACCAGAAAGUAACGGAACAAAACGCAGACCAUUGAAAUAUUUAUCGGUGGAAGAAGUGGUGCAACUUGUAAAAGAUGCAUUUUCGUCGGCAACCGAGAGACACAUUCACGUCGGCGAUGGUGUCGAGAUAUUGAUUGUCACCAAAGAGGGCGUUCGCACGGAGUACUUCGAGCUAAAGAGAGAUUAA